GCGGUGCCCAUGGAGCAAACCGCGGUGCUGAUCACCGGCUGCUCCUCGGGCAUCGGGCUGGGGCUGGCCGCCCGCCUGGCAGCCGAUCCCGCUCGCAGGUUCAAAGUGUUCGCCACCAUGCGCGACCUGGCCAAGGGCGAGCGGCUGCGGGAGCGGCUGGGGGGCGGCUGCCCCGAAACGCUGGAGCUGCUGCAGCUGGACGUCACCGACCCGCGCUCGCUGGCCGCCGCCGCGCGCCGGGUGCAGGGGCAGCGGCUGGACGUGCUGGUGUGCAACGCGGGGGUGGGCCUGAUGGGCCCCCUGGAGACGUGCUCCGAGCAGGCCAUGAGGACGGUGUUCGAGGUGAACCUCUUCGGGGCCAUCCGCACCAUCCAGGCCUUCCUGCCCGCCAUGAAGCGCCACAGGGCCGGCAGGAUCCUCGUCACUGGCAGCGUCGGGGGGCUGCAAGGGGUGCCCUUCAAUUCCGUGUACUGCGCCAGCAAAUUCGCCGUGGAGGGGCUGUGCGAGAGCCUGGCCAUCGUCCUGCGGCCCUUCAACAUCCACGUGACGCUGGUGGAGUGCGGGCCGGUCCACACGGGCUUCCUGCAGAACCUGCAGCGCGCCGACCCCGAGGGCAGCGAGCUGCAGGGGCUGGACGCCGACACGCAGCGCCUCUACCGCCGGUACCUGCGGCACUGCCGCGGCCUCUUCCGCGACGCGGCCCAGGAGGUGGAGGAGGUGCUGCAGGUGUUCCUGGAGGCCAUCGGCACCCCCUGCCCGCCCCUGCGCUGCGUCACCACCCAGCUCUUCGCCCCGCUGGCGCGCCUGAAGCUGGCCAGCCCCGACGGCUCCGACUACGUGCGGGCCAUGCACGACUUCGUCUUCGGCCCCGAUGAAGACGGCGGGGACCAGCCCUGA